CAGAACCACCCCAGAUGGGACUCGAACCCACAAUCCCUGGCUUAGGAGGCCAAUGCCUUAUCCAUUAGGCCACUGGGGCUUCUUCCACCGGUGUACUCAAACACUAUAAUCAAGUUAUUUCCUGUUUCGUACGUCAUCACUUAAAUUUAUUGUUUUUAUCCUAUCGCAGAGAACCAAACUUAGUCUCAGUGUGAAACAGAGGCCUGCUGGGAAAUGUAGUUUAGAUACCGAGCGUCAACAGUUUCACCCUGAAAACAUUGGAUGCAACGAAGCAGAACGGGCUCCCGCUUUUGCUUACGUGUUUCUGUGCAUAGUAGCUCUGCGCCUGCGCAAAAGUGGCCGGAGGGACGUCAGAGUCAAACGGGCUGAGAAGACCGGUUCUUCGAGACUCCCGCUGGUCCUAUUUGUCAGAUUUUAACAGGAAAAGCCAAGCCCCUUCCGAUCGGGCUACUUUCAGGAAGGCUUGAUGUGUUACCGCCGGGUGCAGGAAAGCGAGCAUCUGAUUGCAGCAAUUUGGAGUGGCCGUGCUUGAGGAACUGUCACCAAGCCUAGAUCUAUUACAACCUUCCUAGGAAGAGGAGAAGAAAAAACAUAAGAAGAAACGGCUGGUUCAGAGCCCAAAUUCUUUGUUUGUUUGUUUGUUUGUUUGUUUUGAAUUUGGUUUUUUUCGAGACAGGGUUUCUCUGUAUAGCCCUGGCUGUCCUGGAACUCACUCUGUAGAUCAGGCUGGCCUCGAACUCAGAGAUCCGCCUGCCUCUGCCUCCCAGAGUGCUGGGAUUACAGGCGUGCGCCACCACCGCCCAGCCCAAAUUCUUAAUUCAUGGAUGUGAAAUGCCCAGGUUGCUACAAGAUUACUACAGUUUUCAGCCAUGCUCAUACAGUGGUUCUCUGUGUGGGUUGUUCGACUGUAUUGCACCAGACCACAGGACGAAAAGCCAGGCUCACAGAAGGCUGUUCAUUUAGAAGAAAGCAGCACUAAUCAUGUAUACAAGUUCCUGAAUUUGUGUUUACAUAGAAAACUUUAUCAACUUCAGUUACUCUACCAAGACAAUGUAAUUAUUGUUUGAUUUUAUAAAGUCUACAGCUAUGAUCUCCUAUUUUGGUGUCAGUUUUUCAAUAAAGUUUUAAUUAUGGAAAA